UUGACAAUUUUAUAUUUUUAUGUACUUUUUUAAUUUCCAUUACUUGGUGGCAGAAUUUUAUGCAUCCAAAAUCGUUUUUUCCGUUAACAAGAUUUUUUGCUUAUUAUGCAACAAAAAUACGUGAAUGCCGUUCUAAGGCUUAUUUGAUAAUUUCUCCAUGGAAAUGUUUAAUUUUUACUUUUUGUAUGUUUCAAUUUGUUCCUUCAAAUAAUGUUUCAAUUAAUUAUUUACUCCAAAAAGACCCCUUUGGAGAGCAUUUAAUUACCAUAAAUGCCUAUAAUUUAAAUCAAACACAAUUAAAUUUAUUUCAAAAAAGGAUGGAAGAAUUACAAAGAAUUAAUGAGGGUUAUAGUAAAUAUCAGCAACAAAUAUUAACCCCAAAAAUAAAAUUAAAUAGAAAAAUUGUUGAAGAAAUAAAUGGAUUAAUUAAUGGAACAAAAAAUAAUAAUUUUAAAAAUAAAAAAAUAAUUGUUGAAAGAAAAAUUAAAGAAAAAAUAAAAAGAGAAAGAAGAAAAGUUGAGAAAAAGGAGGAUGAAGAAGAGGAAGAUGUAGCUGCUUAUAAUAUUUAUGAGGACCGUAUAGAAUUAAACCAAUUUACAACAGCUUAUGAUGCCCUCUGGUUAGCAUUUAUUCAAAUUGGAAGUUCUUUAAUUUGUCAAUUAAGUGCUAAAUUUGCCUGCAAAGUUUUGAUGCAAAGAAUGGGGUUGGCACUUCCAGUGUUUUUGUCUGUUCCAAUUAGUAUAAUAUUACUCUCAAAUUUUUGUCAAAAAAGAGCAAAAGAUUCGUGUUAUUUAAAUGAUUGGAUAAGUAAAGAAUUAUUUUGGAAAUGCCCUUCUAGGUCCUUAACUUGGAAUCGUUUUUGGAGAGAAUUUCCAAAUAUUUUAUGGUUGGGGUGGUGGUUAUCACAAUCUUGGUUUUUUGUUAUUCUUAUUAUACUCCUUUUCUUAUCAAUUCUUAGGGUUACAAUACACAUUUGGUUUCCUAAACAAGAGAGAUUAGCUAAAUCUGACGAUUUGUUCCUCCUCGGCUAUUUUGAUGGAGUAUUUCCUGAACAAGCCAUUUCUUUGGAUCGAAGAAGAGACGAUAAAAUUCGAAUUCGAUCUGAUGAGAUUGAAACUGAGGAUGAAGAUGAUGGAAAUGGAAGUACACAUACUUGUGAAUCAGCUGCUUCUGGAAAUUCUCCUAGGCCUACAGCUGGUUUAAUUAAUGCCACAUCUGUUAGUAGUAGUAUAAGUAAUACUAGUCAAAGGGAGUUGCCAAGUAGUGCCGAUACUAUUUGUAAAAUUUAUGUUUGCGCAACUAUGUGGCACGAAAGUGCAUUAGAAAUGGGUUGUAUGUUGAAAUCCAUUUUUAGACUUGACGAGAUUGUAGACCCUGAUUAUUAUGAAUUUGAAGCACAUAUUUAUUUAGAUGAUGCUUUCGAAUUAAAUGAACAUAAUAAUCCAAUACCUAAUAAAUUUGUUCAUCAAUUACUUGGAAGUAUGAAUGAAGCUGCCUCUUCUGUACACCAAACACAACUUCAACUUCGUACACCCAAAAUUUGUAUUACUCCUUAUGGGGGACGAAUUAGCUAUGUUUUGCCUGGACGGAAUAGACUUUCUAUUCAUCUUAAAAAUAGGUUCCUUAUCAGACAAAGAAAACGUUGGAGUCAAGUUAUGUAUCUUUAUUUUCUUCUUGGAUUUCGUCUCACUCUUCGUGUUAAUGACAAUAAAAGGAGAGAAUUACUUGCAGAAAAUACUUUUAUACUAACAUUGGAUGGAGAUGUUGAUUUCCAACCAGAAUGUGUACAUUUAUUAGUUGAUUUAAUGAGGAAAAAUCGUCGAUUAGGUGCUGCUUGUGGACGUAUCCAUCCUCGUGGUAUAAUGAUUUGGUAUCAAAAAUUCGAAUAUGCCGUUGGGCAUUGGUUACAAAAAGCUACAGAGCACAUGAUUGGUUGUGUUCUUUGUUCUCCUGGCUGUUUUUCACUUUUUCGCUCAUCUGCUUUAAUUGAUGAUAAUGUGGCGCGUAAAUAUGCAACUAAAUCUGAAAAGCCUUUCCACUAUGUCCAAUAUGAUCAAGGAGAGGAUCGCUGGUUAUGCACUUUACUUCUUCAACGAGGCUAUCGAGUUGAAUAUUGUGCAGCUUCGGAUGCCUUAACUUUUGCACCAGAAGGUUUUAAAGAAUUUUUUAAUCAGCGAAGAAGAUGGAUUCCCUCUACAAUGGCUAAUAUAAUUGAUUUACUUCAAGAUUACAAAAAUGUUGUUAAAGUUAAUGAUUCUGUGUCUAUUUGGUAUAUUGCUUAUCAAUUAGUUAUGUUAUUCUCGUCUGUUUUGGGACCUGGAACUAUUUUCUUGAUGUUAUUAUUGGCACAAAUAAUUGGAGCACUUUUUGCAAUGUUAAUGACUGCGGUAAUUGUGGGGACUUCACUACAAAUUCAAAAAGAUGGAAUUCUCUCCCCUCAUUCAAUAUUUCUGUUUACAGUUUUAGGAAGCUGGACAUUUUCUGCUCUUUUACAUCCACUUGAAUUUUUAUGUCUUUUACCUUGUGGACUGUAUUUUUUGGCAAUUCCUUGCAUGUAA